CUUUAGUACAAACGCUCGUAUUGAUGUUUGGCACGUACGUGUGAAUUGCAGCUUGUGAAUAAGCUGGAUACAAUUAUGGUAAUAAUACUAUUUAUUCGACGAAGAUUAGCAACAAAUCCACUUUCAACGCAGAUGUGCAUAGCUGGAACAAUCAGUGGAUCUGGUGACUGUUUAGCGCAAUACUUAUCGCAUAACCAAGAAUGGGAUCGUUGGAGGACGGCCCGAUUUUCAUUUUUGUCAAGUUGUUUUAUGGCGCCAUCAUUGUUCAUAUGGUUUCGUUUGCUGGAAAAAGUGAAAGGAAAUAAUAAAUCACUACUUCUUGUUAAAAAACUUUGCAUUGACCAGCUCUGUUUUAGUCCUUGCUUUAACGCCGCAAUACUGUUCAAUCUCCGGCUAUUGCAACACCAAUCAGCGGAAAAGUCGUGGGAUCUUCUAAAAGAAGAUUGGUUCAACAUUUAUGCAACAAGUUUAAAGGUUUGGCCAUUUGUUCAAGUUGUGAAUUUGUGCUUUGUUCCACUCAAUUAUCGAGUAAUACUUAACCAGGUCGUCGCAUUCUUCUGGAAUUGUUAUCUGUCCUACAUCACUCAGAAACCCAUCGAUCAUAUUGAACAAUUUUACUAGUUACAGUUUCACAUACAUUCCAAUCUUUAUGUAUUUUUCUGUGAUAUUUAUGUUUUAGGUUGUAAUUUCACAUAAAAUUGUAUUAUGUUCAAAAUUCCCAAUUAAAAUUAAUGACGAUAAUGUUAAUUCAAAAAGUAAAUUGAGAGUAUAAAACAGGAUGAGAAA